AUGACCGAGGUCAAGUUGAUGGAAUCGUCCAUAGAGUCUGCCCUGGACACGACGAGGUUCGUCAACUUUGCCAACGAGAAGCUUCACAUCCAACGAAUCAUCCCGUCCGCCACGCAAGAAGUCCUGUUUUCGUGCGCUCCGGAAGCGUCUGUGUCCAUUGGAUUGUGUCCCCAAAUCCUAGACGACCACGGGAUUUCGAUUCGCAAUGUCCGGCGGUAUGUCGAAUACGGGGGUACCUGUCCUCGUCUCACUUGCACCGCCGCGCUCCAUCCAACCCCCUCCCCCGUCGUGGCAUGA